GGUUAGCACUGACUUGUGGGAAAUCUUAGACCCACGUGCUGUACCGCCAUCUUGGCUAUAGGUUUGUAGUGCUUCGUAUUUCUUCGCCAAAAAGCACCUGAAAAUGGCCGAUAAAGGAAAUGAAUCGGGGGAGGAAGAAGAACCUACAAUUGCAGAGGACGUUGUCGUUACUAAGUACAAGAUGGCUGGCGAUAUGGCGAAUCGUAUCUUGUUGAAGCUAAUAGAGGCUGCAAAUGCAGGAACGACAGCCAGAACACUGUGUGAAAAGGGUGAUGCCCUAAUCCUUGAAGAAACUGAUAAGGUUUACAAGAAAGAAAAAGAACUUAAAAAAGGGAUUGCAUUCCCAACAUGUAUCUCUGUCAACAAUUGUGUCUGUCACUUCUCCCCUUUGCUGAGUGAGCCUGACAUUACACUGAAUGAUGGAGACCUUGUCAAGAUAGACUUUGGUGUUCACAUUGAUGGUUUCAUCGCUGUCAUUGGACACACAAUAGUAGUUGGGUGUUCAAAAGAGAACAAGGUGACAGGUCGCAAGGCUGAUGUUCUCCUAGCUGCAUACCUUGCCUCUGAGGUGGCUCAGAGAAUGGUUAAACCUGGAGCAGAGAAUUCAACUGUCACAGAGCUAGUGCAGAAGGUGGCUGAAUCAUUCAAGUGCAAGCCUAUAGAAGGAAUGCUUUCCCAUCAGUUAAAAAGGAAUGUAAUUGAUGGUGAAAAAGCGAUUAUCCAAAACCCAAAUGAGCAGCAGAGGAAAGAUCAUUCAAAGUGUGAGUUUGCCGUACAUGAGGUGUAUGGAGUUGAUGUGCUUGUUAGUACUGGAGAUGGCAAGACCAAAGAAAAAGAUACAAGAACCACUGUCUAUAAACGGACAGGCAACAUCUACAACCUCAAAAUGAAAGCUAGCAGAGUAUUUUUUAGUGAUGUCUGUAACAAGUUCACCAUGAUGCCGUUCACUCUAAGAGCUUUGGAGGAUGAGAAGAAAGCAAAGAUGGGGAUUGUCGAGUGCGCUAAACACGAGCUGAUGGAGCCUUUUAAUGUUUUAUGGGAGAAAGAAGGUGAAUUUGUCGCUCAGUUUAAGUUUACAAUGCUACUUAUGCCCAAUGGAAAUAUAAGGAUAACCCAAGGACCUUUUGAACCCGACAUGAUCCAAUCAGAGCACUGCAUAGAAGAUGAAACGAUCAAGGAGAUCCUAGCACAGUCAGCAAGCCGGAAAACCCAAAAGAAGAAGAAAAAGAAGGUAUGACGUCAAGUUCCUUAGAGCGGGAGUUUCUCCUACUGGGCAGGCCUCCUCGAAGGCAACAGGAACACCUGCCGAGGGCAAAGAGGGUGAGGUCGCAAGUCAGGACUAGCGAGCUCUCUUGUCACAACAACAUCUUGGCAACAUCUGUCUACCAGCAUCUUUGGGUAGAUACGGCUCUAGUUGGGUCAUGUCUAGCAUGCGACCGCUACUGGGGCAAUAUGCUUUCAUGAAGAUUCUUCCGACAUCAUAAUCUUGUACUCUGUUACAACUUCAACAGUUGCACAGAAGAAACUUUGAACUUGAGGCCUGCUCGAUUCACAUCCUAUAACACUUUGGUUUUCAAAUCUUUUUUCUUUCUUUUUGUUGUGAACUAUUGGAAUGACCAUUGAUGUUCUGUGUUUGAAUGCCUUACGGCUGAAAUGUUAUUUACGUUAGUGGCAGAAAUGUUCCUUAUCUUUCCUCCCUGUAAAACGAUAACUGUUUUAGAAUAAUUUCAAAUGUCCUUUUAAAUGAAGCAAAGUCAAACGGACUAUGUUUGAGCCGUUGAAAGACAUGAUAUGGUAUACGAGACUCCCUUGAAUGAAUGUUCCAGACAAUCGGAGAUUAACUCAAUCAACAGGCUGAUGCUGUAGCAUACAUGAAAAAAUAAAGCAGACUUUCAUUGAA